GCCAGUGCAGGCGGCGCAGCCACCCGCGCGCGCGGUCCGUCACUCGCGCCCGGAGCCUCAGUCCGCGGCUCGGCGCCCGGGAUCUGUGGGCCCAGAGAGCUCUCGGCGGUGCGACUCGCGAGCGGAGCGGGCAGCUCUGGACGCCGAGCGCCGGCCAAGCGGCUGCGCACCCGGCUGGGUUGGGGACGGCCGCUGGGUGCCGGCGAACCGAGUUGGCGGAUUGCAGCGGAAAAGCAAAGAUGCCACAGUGGAUCCUUUGCCUCCAGGACCCGUGAAGGUGAGAGUAAGAUCUCUGGCUGGUGGGAACUAGCCUAAGCUGUCAGGCAGCCAUGGAUCUGGCAUACGAACUACUCAAUGGGACCCAACCUUGGCUUUCCUCUCCAUUCGACCUCAGUGGCUCCGUGGCUACAGCCAACAUUUCAAACCAAACAGAGCCAUACUAUGACCUGACCAGCAAUGCAGUCCUCACCUUCAUAUAUUUUGUGGUCUGCAUCAUUGGGUUGUGUGGCAACACGCUUGUCAUUUAUGUCAUCCUCCGCUAUGCCAAGAUGAAGACCAUCACCAACGUUUACAUCCUCAACCUGGCCAUCGCAGACGAACUCUUCAUGCUGGGUUUGCCCUUCCUGGCCAUGCAGGUGGCUCUGGUCCACUGGCCCUUUGGCAAGGCCAUCUGCCGGGUCGUCAUGACUGUGGAUGGCAUCAAUCAGUUCACCAGCAUCUUCUGCUUGACAGUCAUGAGCGUUGACCGAUACCUGGCUGUGGUCCACCCCAUCAAGUCGGCCAAGUGGAGGAGACCCCGGACAGCCAAGAUGAUCAACGUGGCUGUGUGGGGGGUCUCUCUGCUGGUCAUCUUGCCUAUCAUGAUAUAUGCUGGCCUUCGGAGCAACCAAUGGGGGAGGAGCAGCUGCACCAUCAACUGGCCAGGCGAAUCCGGGGCGUGGUACACAGGCUUCAUCAUCUACGCCUUCAUCUUGGGGUUCCUGGUGCCCCUCACCAUCAUCUGUCUUUGCUACCUGUUCAUUAUCAUCAAAGUGAAGUCCUCUGGAAUCCGAGUGGGUUCCUCCAAGAGGAAAAAGUCUGAGAAGAAGGUCACCCGGAUGGUGUCCAUCGUGGUGGCCGUCUUCAUUUUCUGCUGGCUCCCCUUCUACAUCUUCAAUGUCUCUUCGGUGUCCGUGGCCAUCAGUCCCACCCCAGCCCUUAAGGGCAUGUUUGACUUUGUGGUGGCCCUCACCUAUGCUAACAGCUGUGCCAACCCUAUCCUGUACGCCUUCUUGUCUGACAACUUCAAGAAGAGCUUCCAGAAUGUCCUCUGCUUGGUCAAGGUGAGUGGCACAGACGACGGGGAACGAAGUGACAGCAAGCAGGACAAAUCCCGGCUGAAUGAGACCACGGAGACCCAGAGGACCCUCCUCAAUGGAGACCUCCAGACCAGUAUCUGAACUGCCUGAAAAAUCAAUCAGUCAAGCGCCAAGCUCUGCGACCGGCUGUGUGCUCCGCACCCCACCCCCUUCCCUCCCUCACCCAUCACCUGGCUUCUAGAAUAUGGAAGUGCUCAGCAUGAGUCCACUUCAGAGAAUGGUGUUUGAGUCCGGCUUGUCUGAGUGAAUGACAAUGUAUUAAGCUGAUUACCUCCCCCUUAAAGUGAACAUUUAAAUGCAGGCAGACAAUUCAGAGUCUGGAGAGGUGAUCUUUGGAGACCCUGAAGUUCCACAAAAACAGAAAACCCUCUCUGUGUGUUUGUGUGUUUAAAGCCCAAUAUGUAGUCUUGUGGUCUUACAUUUAUACUUGCCUGUUCCUAUCUAGUCCCUGUAUAGUCAUGACCUACGUUUCCUGAGUUCAUGUACACAAGUAGAAAGUUCAAAUGUGCAUAGUAUAGGUGGACAUUUAUUUCAAUAUGGUACCCACAGGAAUGGACUUACCCUGAAGCCAAUAAAGUUUAAGCUUCAGGGGUCUCUCUUGCUUUGGCAGUAUGUUCACAUGGCCGUAUGUUUUUG